GCUUGGAUCGCAAGAUGCGACGUGGGGACGGAAGACACGAUCGUGAGGCUACCUACUGGCAUCAAUCGCAUGCUCUUUUCAAGCCUCUAGCUACAGCAUCUUCAUCUCCAAGCGGCCGAUCGGGGUCUGAGUACAAGGGAGGUGAUCUUUGUCUAUGAUUCAUUCACUUAUCGGAGAUAUGUUUGGAUCGACCAUUCUUGCCUUCAGUGUUUAAUAUAGCCAUCUAUGUAUCACUGCUCGGUCGUCGAAUUGAGGUUCUAUCUCUCGGUUCAAUUCAAGCCAAGUGGUCUUAUGAAACCAGCUGAAUUAUUUGUCUGGUUUACCGUCUGAAAUUAUUGAUCUACCACCUUUCAUGGUCAAGACAUAUUUUUAUCGACUAUGGGUCGUGAAAUAAACAUACUCGAGGUGCAAUGUGCUGCUGUGAAAGGUUAAAAUGCGCGAAGUAUAAGAAUGAUAGGUGAGACUUUAAUUGUGGCCACACAAAAUCAAGUCUCUACCAAUCCGAUGAUCUUAUGAGGACAACAAUCCGCUAACGACAUUUGAAGGAGGCGACUUUGAGAGAAGGCUUUCUUGGCUUGUUUCAUGAAUUAUAUACUGGCUCUUCAUACCCUCAGAAACCCUAUUAAUUUUUUUCUUAUCCAGAAAUGACUACCUCAGUGCCUGCUCCUGUUAGUUCGGCCGUCGCAUCUCCAACUCCAGCCGUGUGUUAUUCAACGUGUAGUAUGAGCAUCUCCUUUCUCGUCGGAUUCGGAAGAAAACUCACUUUUAUCUUAGACAAUGCAUACAUUGCAGCCUUGAAAAUCGGAAAGGAGCCUGAAUUAUGUGCAUCUGGAUCAGAAUUCAAGGACGACUACAGUUCUUGCCAAAUAUGUAUAGAAGCAAACAGCGGCAAUGUCAAGCAGGAUAUAGCGGGGUAUAUAGAACCGCAGUUUGGGCCAUUUCUUGACUAUUGCGCGUCGCAAGCUUCAAGUACGACAGUGCCAAGUUUAGUAGUGAACAAUACAACGACGGCCUCAAGCGACCAGUCAUCCUCUUCGCUGCCUUCUUCGCUCCAGCCUUUUACGAGCAUCUUUUCUAGCCUAACUUCGAGUCCUUCUGGGUCUGCAUAUUCUACCGCUACAGCUAUUAAUACCGAGCUCAUUCAAUUAUUUAAUGGAAGCAUAUUAACUCUUACUCUGACGAAUUUAAUAACUUUACGGGGUCAACCAAUUACUAGUAAGAUGGUCUUAACCAUUCAAAAUGCGUGACAUUAACUUGUAUUAUCAAUUAGCUUCGUCCUCUAUCGCAACGGACUCAAAAUUUAAAUCAUCACCUGUCCAUGCACAGUUUCAUGGUAUACUCUUUGGAUCCAUUUUUGGCGGUCUAUCGGUUAUUGCCUUUAGUUUUUGGAUCUACUGGAGAUUCUGGAGGCACCAGAAGUUGCAAAGGUCGAAAGUCGGGUCCACGGCUGGUGAUGAAAAUGGUCACGAGAAGGCUCAAUUGCAUUCGGAAUGUCUACGACCCAAGGAACCUCAAGAAAUCGAUGGAUCGCCAAAUGGUCCAGUCGCAGAAUUACCAGCUGUAGAGCCUGUGGGUGCAGAGUUGUUAGGUACUGUUAGAUCUACCGAGAAAGGUUGAUUGAGUUCCAGUGGUGAUGUAAGGUAUAUAGUUGGGUGCCUUUUGUAAUACACAAAGUUGUGAACGAAGUUUGCCUUUAAUUCAUCUAAAAGGAAUGGAAUCACCAAGUGGUUUGGGUCUAUCGACGUGGAAAUGAUUGACGAUGAAUCUAGCUCAUGUUACUCCGGAGCCUCAAGUUCGUAUAUCUGUAGUCGCGGGUCAAUUAAUUCACAUGGUCCUUCCACACACGGGUACU